ACAGAGGAAACUCCCUGGCCCAGUGGUGCAGGGGUGAGGUCCCAGCAAGGCUUCAGCUGCCCUUGGCUGAGCAGUGACCCCGCACUGCAGGGAGAGACGGAGGCUCCAGGCUGGUCCCACCACGCACCCAGCACACCUUGAGCCUCUUGGGGAGCAUGGAGCCCUGGCUGGCCAACACCUUCCUGCCCCUGCUGCUCCUCACCUGGCUGCCACUUGGAACAGCCAGUCAGAUGGCAAAGCCAGUCACCACUGUGCCGCUCAAGAUUGAUUUGGAGAAUCUCACAGUGCAGGUGAAGUGGCACAAUCCUGAAUGUCUGGAAGGGGAGAAUCAAACCAGCACUGAGUCUCUGGGAGAAAAAUGUAUGAAUUUCACCAGCUCAAACCUGUGUACAGCCCACACAGGAAUCUAUGUGUCUGGGGUUGUCAUCACAACACCAAACUCAAGAGAUGCUGGAAAUCAAACCAACACUGUGUUUCUGGCUGGAAACUGUAUGAAUUUCACCUGCUCAAGGCUGUGUACAGUCUGCACAGGAAUCUGUGAGUGCAGGGUCUUCAUCACAAGACCAAACUUGACAGAUGCUGGAAACAGCACGCAAGCAGCUAAUCUCAGCUCUGGCUGUGCAGGAUCUCAGACUGAUGUCACAGUCAAGAACAUCUGGAAAGGACUCCUGUGCAUCCUCCUUGGCUUCGCGGCUGGGACGCUCCUUUACAUGCCCAUAAUUGGCUUCCUGCUGUGCCGGCGCAUAAGGAACAGAACAGGAGAGCUCAUAAACGAGGAUGUGACAGAGGAGAAUCAAGUCAGUACGGCAGCCCUGGUGACAGGAACUGAGGAUCUGACCUAUGCCAACCUGAAAUUUGAAAAGAAGGGGACAGGAUCUGCCUCCUCCAAUGUCAUUUACACUGAGAUCAAGCCAUUGCAACAGAAGCAGAAUGGUGGGGAUGGCAGUGCUGCCUGCACAGAGGUGGAUGUCUCCCCCAAGGAAGAGGGCAAGUGAGGGAGGUGAGCAGCUUAUUGUCCACCUGUUGGGGUCUUCCUCCUCAAAACUAGCUGUUAGGUCACACAGCAGUGCAGUCUUGGGGAUCACACAUUACCCCUGAGUGGCUGCAGAACCCUGCUUUAUGUUCCCCUGGAAGAAGCCCUGUGAGGACAGGGCUCUUGAGCCCAUUUUCCCCUUGCCUUCUGCAGCUCCAAGCACUGCCAAGCUUCAGCAAUUAUUUUCACUGUCUCCAGUUGCUGACAGGCUCCUCUUGCUGCUUGUUCCAUGCUCAGGAAUGUCACUGUACACUGUGUGGCCAGCAUGGUGUUCAGGAAGAGCUUGGUCCUGGACGUGCUGGGUGGCACAUGCUGGCCAUCCAGAGAAGUCCUGGAUCAAUAUUCUGGAUUUUCUCUGCAGCAGGCACCUGCUGUGAUGUGGGCUGACCUUUGUUUCAUUCACUCACUUGAAGCACAAGGGGCAAGGAUGGAAAAGCAUUGCUUGCUUCACAGAGGUGCUGCUGCAGUGAUUCACAUGGAUCUGCUUUGUACUGGGAGUAGCUGGGUGUUUUUGCUGUGGUGAAUACCCUUCUCAUGGGUAGAGCACUCUCUUUUGUGCCCUUUUAUUAAUAAUGUUGUAUUUGUUGUGAGUUUUUCAAUAAAAUUAUCAUUCCUAC